AUGGCAUCCUCUCCCAUUUUUCCUUUUUUACGAGCCAUCCUGACAGUGGCUCUGGCACUGGCUGGAGUCGUAGUCCUGUUUAUAAUGUACUAUAUGUCAUUGCCAUCUCCAAAAUGUUAUUCCGCCCCAACACACCAGACCAACAAGCCUAUCAUGCUGCUGUGGUUCUGGCCUGAAAACAAAAUGUUUGACUUUCGAGACUGUAAGAGGUUUUUCAACAUCGACAGCUGCCACCUCACGGACGACAGGUCUUUAUACCCCAGAGCCCAGGCAGUUUUGAUAUUUCACAGAGCUAUCCAAGAUGACCUCUCUAACCUUCCUGCCUUGCCAAGACCCCGAUUUCAGCAAUGGGUCUGGUUCAACAUGGACUCACCCACCAACACACGCAGAAUAGCAGGAAUUGAAGGCCUUUUUAAUUUAACCUUGAGCUACAGGAAAGAUGCAGACAUCCAUGUUCGUUGGAAACUGACCGUCAAGAAGGAAGUAGAUGAAGAUUUUGUGCUACCAAAGAAAGAACGAUUGCUUUGCUGGAUCGUUGGUGACAGUGACCUCAAGACAAACUCAGGGGAGAGAUACACGUACUACAGGGAGCUUGUAAAGCAUGUGAGGGUGGAUGUCAUUUACAGAACCUCUGCUGAGAGUUUGAAGGGUGAGAACUACUUCCGCAAUAUUAGCAGCUGCAAAUUCUACCUUUCCUUCGAAGAUUCAAUUCACAGAGAUUAUAUUACAGAGACAUUCAACGGUCCUCUUGCAGCUGGCACUGUGCCGAUAGUUUUGGGCCCACCUAGAAAGAACUAUGAGAAUUUUGCCCCAGGCACUUCCUUCAUCCAUAUAAAUGAUUUCCCUAACGCCAUGACACUGGCUAAGUUCCUCCUCAAGCUGGAUAAGGAUAAUGAGACUUAUUUAAAGUACUUUAACUGGCAGAAAUUCUAUACUGCCAGACCUCAUCUUACUGAAGAGAGACAUGAGUUUACACAUGCUAUCUGCCAGGCCUGUCGUCACAUAGGCAUGAACAAAGAGUACAGGGUUGUACCUGAUUUGUACAAGUGGUUCUUACUGUGA